UGAAAUGAUUAUAUAAUCACCACUGAAUUUGCAACUCGACAGCUCAAAUCUAAGUUCCUAAACAAACUUAUCCUCGCAUAGCAUACAUUGGCUUAUACGGCAACCCACAAUGUCACUUACCGAAUCGUCUGCAUUUGAAAUCGCAAGCGCUGCGUCUCUAGCUUCUCGCCGACUAGCAAUCUUAUCCAACGCUGAACGAAAUGAAGCAUUGACUACUCUAUACCAAGGACUCUCCGAGAACAAGGAUGCCAUAUUGGCGGCCAAUGCAAGGGACGUUGCCAACGCAAGACAUGGUACUGAAAAUGGAUCCCUCAGUCAUAGUAUCUUCAAGAGACUUGACUUGUCAAAGCCGGGUAAAUAUGAUGAUAUGCUGCAAGGGAUCUUGAGUGUGCGAGAUCUAAAAGACCCUAUUGGAAACGUGACCCUCAGGACUUUGCUUGAUGAUGAUCUAACUCUGGAGAGAGUUAGUUGUCCCAUCGGAGUUCUAUUAAUCAUCUUUGAGGCCCGCCCUGAAGUAAUCGCAAACAUCGCUGCUCUGUCUAUAAAGUCCGGCAAUGCGGCUAUUUUAAAAGGUGGGAAAGAAUCAACUGAAUCUUUUGUUGAAAUUUCCAGAGUGAUUUGUGAAGCCUUGUCACAUACCGCGGUUCCAAAGUCAGCCAUCCAGCUGGUGCAAACCAGAGAUGCUGUCUCCUCUCUGUUGGCUCAAGAAGAUUUGAUAGAUCUUGUUAUACCCCGGGGUUCUAAUGAACUCGUUCGCUUUGUCAAAGACAACACAAAAAUUCCUGUCUUGGGCCAUGCGGACGGACUUUGUUCCGCCUAUAUCCACCACGACGCAGACGUGGACAUUGCUGUUAAAGUCAUUGUGGACUCCAAGACAGAUUAUCCUGCGGCUUGCAACUCGUUGGAAACCCUACUUGUGCAUGAAAAUGUUCUUCGGGACAUCUGGCCUGGCAUUGCAGAAGCUCUUAUGGCUAAGGGGGUUACCUUGAAGUGCGACGAAGCUUCCAAGGCUGCGCUGGUAAAUACUCUGGAUGCAGCACGGAGGUCUUUGAUUGUAGAUGCUGUUGAUUCCGACUACGACACCGAGUUUCUGGAUCUUAUUCUGGCAGUCAAGACAAUACCCGCAUCUCCCGCCUAUUCUGAUGUGGAAGCAGCAAUUACACACAUCAACACUCAUUCCUCAAAGCAUACUGAUAUCAUUAUCACAGAGUCAAGAAACACUGCAGACUACUUCAUGAGCAGCAUCAAUAGUGCGGGGGUUUUUUGGAAUGCCUCGACAAGAUUUGCGGACGGGAUGAGGUAUGGAUUUGGCACCGAAGUUGGCAUCAGCACAAAUAAGAUUCACUCUAGAGGUCCGGUUGGACUAGACGGGUUGACCAUCUAUAAGUAUCUCGUCCGAGGUGUUGGGCAUGGGGCAGGCGAUUACUUUGAUGGUGGCAAACAAUGGAAACACGAAGCUCUACCAUUAAAUUAAAAAGAAAACCACGUUAUCAGGCAAUCAAUGAUUUAACUCCAUUUU